GAAGGUGACCAAAGAAAGUUUAGUGGAAACCAGCAGCAACAUCACGGAGAGUCUGAUGUCUAUUAGCAGGAUGAUGGCUGAACAGGUGAAGCAGAGCGAGGACACCAUCGGCACGCUGGCCACCUCCUCCAGGACGGUGCAGGAAACCAACGAGGAGUUUAAGAACAUGACGGGAACCAUCCACCUGGGGAGGAAACUGAUCCUCAAGUACAACCGGCGGGAGCUGACAGACAAGCUGCUCAUUUUCCUGGCUCUGGCGCUCUUCCUCGCCACCGUCCUCUACAUCCUUAAGAAACGUCUCUUCCCCUUCAUUUAGCUGGCCAGCUGAAGAACGCGUCCAGGCUUCAGGAACAAUGUUUUCCAGUUAUUUCACUCAGCAGAAAGUUACCGCAAGGACUUGUAGCAGGUAUGGACUACAUGUAGAGUUGGAAGCAAUCCUGAGACUUGACUGCCACACAUAGAGACAGUGCCACGUGAAAAUAUUUUUUCUUUUUGGCACCCUAUGUUUUUGGCUAAAACUGAAAAUGUAGGUUUAAAAAGUGUAUAUGAAGGGUGUUGUUAAACUGGCAUUAUGGGGUUUCAUGCAGCAGCAGUGAUAGGUUUUAAAGCCUCGGCAUCCUUCAAACAAACUUGUGCUGUUCAACCAUCCCUAAAGUCAGAAGUUUCUUUACUUUGAGCACGUGGUCACACUUGAUGCAGGGAUGAAAAGACUGCUCCUUCUGGUUGCUAUACACUGCCUUUUUUUUUAGAAAAGCACUUUGAAGCAUACCAAGGCCUUAAUACUUCAUUUGUCAUUCAGAGCUAACCAGGGACAAAGCCAUAGAAUGUAAUAACCCUCUAUUUGUUUACUUUUUGUCAAAUUGUAUGACUUUUUGUUGAAGAAAUACUUCUCUCCCCCAAAUUAUUAUUUGGAUAUCAAUUACUAAAAGCAUGUUACAUUGAAUUUGUGAAGAAAAUUGUUUUUCUCAACUGCCUCAACGGUGAACGAGGAAUCUAAAAACAGAAAAUUCUUCAUGGAUUGAAGUGAAAGGGGGCUGUGUGCAGCAAAACUACAUGGAGACAUGAGUUUACAAACUUUCACACAGCUCAUGCAGUAUAAUCCAAGCCUUGUUUAUCCAGUCGUAUGCUCAGCACUUUGCAAACAAAUAGUCCUUUCAAACGGGGAACUGAACUAAAAGUGAAAUUUAUCCUUGCUCAGACUCUGUUUACAAACAUAGUGAUCUUACCUCGCUGAGCUUGUGAGUUGCUGGUCUGCCGCUGCCUUAAAUAGUUUGUGUUGUUGUAUGAGUUUGUUUUUUUUAAACGGUUAGUUAGGAUUCACUAUACAAACUACCGAUCAAGGCAGCAGUAGACCAUCAGGUCCCAUUUUAAGUUAGGUAAAACUGUUUUUUUGUUAUUGUAAUCUGGCUUUAAAGAGAGCAUAGCUUAAGUUUCACUU